AUGCUGCUGUCCGGCGUCUCGCUGCUUGCCGGCCUCUUUGCAUCGGCCUGCGCUGCAGACAUCCCCAAGGUGCUCGACUGCAGCCUCGACAGAUACUGGGAAGCGCCCAAAGAGUGUGAGGCGCCUAUCGCACCCGUUGCAGCAGUGGUACCCGGAUCGUCCUACAUUGCAAAGAUAGAGUGCAAGGACUGCCCUUAUACCGACAAAGACGACGAAGUUGUAAACCGUGAUCAUGUACUUCUCCUCAACGUAACCCUCACCCACGAUAACCGGACAGUCCUCCUCAACAAUCGCCCGCUACAUCCCUUGCCUACAAUACCCACACCCCCUGCCUUCGACGUCACGCGAUACCGCUCCAACCUCUCACAUACAGAACUGUACGCUGGCCUGAAGUCGGAAGACCCAUAUUGUCUGAAGAACGGGAAUGGCGGAUCUGGAGAAUGGUGCCGCACAGUACCCUUGACGUCCUCCUGGCGCACGGCAUUCGAUUACCUAUACAUUGCGAACCCGAGCGAUAGCCAUGGAGGCGAUGACACAGACGCUGAGUACUGGGACGUUGCGUUGGAUGUGAUUGGAAAAUCACGAUACUCUGAGGACAGCGGCCCACUUUGGAAGUUUGACAGUCCGGAUCAGAAAAUGCUAUGGAUGCUCAUCAAGGGAACCCUACUGAAGAGAGGUGGCAAAGGAGGACCAACCAAGGUCGCAGACCCUUUCGGGCAGGCCAUUACCGACGACAACAUCUAUGAGUAUCAAAUCGUUGACAUGCGCUUAGUCGCCGGGGCCUACACCUUUCCCGCCAAGAAGCCCUUGACCAUCUGGGGUAGGAUAGGGCACUUCCUUGGAACCGACGUCUGGGACAUAGAGGGUAGUCGCUUUCUCUAUCGCAAAGAAGAAUGGGGCUACUACGGCAAGAAAGGAACUCUUCGCGACAUGUUCGGCGAGUUUGUCCACUGGAGGGACUGGCCUUUGUUCUGGAUCAUCUCCAGCAGUGUUGUUGGGGGCUUGCUUGCCCUAUUCCUUUUCUGGAAGCUUUACUGGUGGAUCGUCGCGCAGCGUGAGCUCAUGAAGUGGGAUGGCAUGGAGGAUGUCUGGGAGAACAUGAGGAGGGAGAGGGUGGCUGAAGAAGAGGGCGCUCUUCUGGAUGCACAUGGCGCGUAUAGAGACGACCCAGAGGAAGGCAGCUCCUCGAGGCCACCGGCGUAUACGGAGGCGUUGAAGCCACUGCCAAGCAAACCGCUACCCGAGAAACCUUUACCAGAGGUUCCAUUGAUCGAUGCUUGA